AUGUCCGACGACGCAGCGCAGCACGCCCAGGCCGACCAGCUCAAGCAGCAGGGCAACGACGCCUACAAGAAGCGCGACUUUGCCAACGCAAAGGACCUCUACCAGCAGGCUUGGGACACGUUCCAGGACAUCACCUACCUCAACAACCUCGCAGCCGUCCACUUUGAGGAGGGCGACUUUGACAAGGCGAUCGAGACGUGCAACAAGGCCGUCGACGAGGGCCGCGACCGCCGCGCCGACUUCAAGCUCAUCGCCAAGGCCCUCGGUCGCAUCGGCACGUCCUACGUCCGCAAGGGCGACUUUGACAACGGCGUCAAGUACCUCCAGAAGUCGCUCCUCGAGCACCGCACGCCCGACGUCCUCGCCAAGCUCAAGGACGCCGAGAAGCAGGCCUCGGAGCAGGCGCGCCUCGCCUACAUCGACCCGCAAAAGGCCGACGUCGCGCGCGAGGAGGGCAACACGGCCUUCCGCCAGGGCGACUUUGCGAGCGCCGUGACGCACUACGCCGAGAGCAUCAAGCGCAACCCGGACGACCCGCGCGGGUUCACCAACCGCGCCGCCGCCUACACCAAGCUCAUGGCGCUCCCCGAGGCGCUCAAGGACGCCGAGAAGGCCAUCGAGAUGGACCCGACGUUCGUCAAGGGCUACAUCCGCAAGUCGCACGUCCUGUUCGCCAUGAAGGAGUUUGACAAGGCCCUCGCAGCAGUCGAGCUCGCCGCCGAGAAGGACACGGCGCAGGCGCACACCAAGGAGAUCACGCAGCAGUUCGCCAAGGUGACGCAGAACAUGGCGUCGGCGCGCGCGGGCGAGUCGGACGAGCAGGCGUACGCGCGCGCCAUGCGCGACCCCGAGGUGCAGCAGAUCAUGGCCGACCCGGCCUUCCAGAGCAUCCUCCAGCAGGCGCAGCAGGACCCGGCGAGCCUCCAGCAGCACAUGAUGAAGAACGCCGACGUGAGGAAAAAGGUCGAGGUCCUCGUUCGCGCUGGCAUCAUCAAGACCGGCCCUCGCUGAGCGCUGCCGUCCUCCUCGCUGGCUCCCUCUUCUCGCCCGACCCUCGUCACCCCCCUCUCGCUACUCGCGCCCUCCUCCCCC